AUGACGAGCAAUGCUUUCGCUGUCGUCUACGUCGACCGCAAGACGCCCGUGACAGGCUUCCUGGACAAGAAUCUCGAUCGACUACAAUCUGCAAAUGAUUCCAAUGAGACCGAACACAACCUCCGCACCAUCAUGGCUGCCUUUGGCCAAGCCCACAUCUGUCGCGAUGGCGUGUCCUGCCUGACGACCAUUGCACAACUCGAUGAACCGCGCAAUCCUAAUCCGAUCGUUGUGCUCCUCGAUAUGCCUCAAGAUGAUGACGCUCCCAUGCGUAGAACCUCGUGGGACUCCAAUCCUCCGUCGCCCUUGAUGGGAAAGCGACCCAAGGUCGAGCGAAAUGAGCCGAGCGAUGUGUACGGCGUCCACCUGCUGGCAUACCUGUCUUCGGAGAUUCAACAGCGUGUCCGUUCCAGGCUGGUUAUUCCAAUUGCUGUUCUUGCUGGCAAGACUGACCUGCUGGCCGAACCGACACGCAUGUCACGUUUCUUGGAUGCUGGUGCCAUUGACGUGUUACCUAGUCCACUCGGGCUCGACCGAGUCCAAGGCUUGGCCGUUCACGCAUACCGUACAUACAAGGAAGUUUCGCGUGAGGCAGCAAGCUUCGUGCUCCAGAAACGGAACAGGAAGCUUUCGUGGGUUGGCAUUGAUGAAGAACGGCCGUAUGCCUACCUCCGAGAGGUCAUGGUUUCGGGCCUGAUGAACGGCAUCUGUAACCCUGACUCCGUUGGCGAGUCUAUCGAUCCAAACGAGCUCAAGAUUGAUUGCGACAGAAAAGCUCUCGUGGCCCAAGCUGUAGGCACCUGGGAGUUUUCUGCCCAUGACUUUGACUCGGACGAGCUUCUCUACGCUGCGUUGACCAUGCUGCAACACGUCUUGCAGAUGCCAGAACUCUCGAAAUGGCGCAUCCCCACCGAUGAUCUUACCAUCUUCCUCUUUGCCUGCAGGCACGCCUACAACGACUUUGUUCUAUAUCACAACUUCCGCCACAUCGUCGACGUUCUGCAGGCCGUCUUCUACUUCCUCCUUCAGAUUGGCAUUCUACCUCCCUACCCUGGCUCGCAGGAUAAACAGGCACCUAGGGAAGACCUCGCGGCAGUCGCAUCUUUGCUACAGCCUUUCGAUGCGCUGACUCUGCUCAUCUCCGCCAUCGGCCAUGAUGUCGGUCACCCUGGUGUGAACAACGCCUUCUUGGUCGCUCUGAAUGCUCCACUUGCUCAGCUUUACAAUGACCGCUCCGUGCUAGAGGCAUUCCACUGCGCAGCCUAUUCGCAGAUCCUUCGCAGAUAUUGGCCACAAGCGUUCGCCGACAUCCCUAUGCGCAAGCUGAUGAUCAACUCGAUCUUGGCUACCGACAUGGGACUUCAUUUCAAGUAUAUGAUUGAUAUGGGUAACCUGCAGGAGAAGCUAUCUUCAAACGACGAGAGCAUCGAGGGCUGGACACCAAAAGCUCUCGAGGAGACUAGAGAUCUCGUCUGUGGACUUUUGAUGAAAUGCGCCGACAUCAGCAACGUGGCACGCAAGUACGAUGUUGCAGCGCGUUGGGCCGUAAUCCUCACAGAUGAAUUUUCCAAUCAAGGUGCCAUGGAGAAGGAGCUUAACUUGCCAACUUGUCUAUUUGGCGGUCCUCCAGAUAGGGAAGAUUUGAUCAAACUGGCAGAGUCUCAGAUUGGCUUCAUGAGCAUCUUCGCUGGUCCUCUCUUCGAAGGCAUUACAGCAAUAUUACCAGCCAUGGGCUUUGCCACUGACGAAAUUGAGUCCAACAGAACCGUUUGGGAAGACAAGAUCCACGUCGAGAAGUUGAGAAGAGGAAGCAUCACGGCUAGCCCCGGAGGUCAACCUUCACCACCAGUUCGAACACCCCUCUCUGUGCCUGAGGAGGACUCCGAAGAGAGCAGAGAGGAUGAAAUCCCACCUGAACGAGACUCUCUCUUCGGUCCAUCUCGUACGUCACAGACACAACAUGAAGCACAAGCAACGAAACCUGACAACGUUCGGUUGAACGCAGAACCAGCAUCGCCCACGUCUCCCACAAGAGCUCGUCCGGCCUCUGCAACACCUCUCAAAAGCAACAAGAAGAAGCCGAGCACGGGCAGUUUCCACGCACCAUACUCUUCUGUACCAUUCCACCAACAUACAAACUCACGUCGCUCCUCGAAAGACGCUGCACUCGAGCAGCUGGAACAACUGCAACUAGGCCAACUCAGCAGCUUCUCACGUAUUGAGAACCAGAACCACGACGGUGCUCGACGCGGGAGCGGAGACGCUUCAUUGACGACUAUCCUCGUCCGUAGCCAAACAGCGCAGAGUAAGCAAGAGCCGGACUCGCCAACGAAACCUCCACCAUCUCCACACAGACAGACCAUGAGGUCGUUCCCCCCACCAUCACAGCCCGGUGUGCCCUCUUCUGUGCCUUCAUCUCGCAGCCAUGCUACUAGUAAUGCGACUGCAACAACUACGACCUGCGCGCAAUCACCGGGCUCCACGCGUCCCUCUUCAGUAGAGGAAAUGGACGCCGAGACACCGACUAAAGGAAUCGAGCCACCUCCAGUACUGUCAACAGAGAACCCGUUCUUACAUCCUAAUUCGAGCCCAGAUCUCCACGGUAGGGAACGCAUUUCGCACUCGGCACCGGAUAUCAGGAAUAUCCCGGAUCUACGUACGGGCAAAGUGAGUUCGCUAUCGCACGUCACUGCCGACGGAGACGAAGGUGACGACGACCGUGGCAUGUCACAGCGACCAGUUGGAAUCCGUGAGAGCCGUAGCCGAAGCAGACUGAGAGGGCUUCGUUUCUGGAGAAAGAGAUGGAAGAGCCCUGGCCCCGGUAGCGAGGUCGAUACGGAGCACUGA